CUGCCUUACAAGCACUGAAGAGAAAAAAGAGAUAUGAGAAACAGUUGAGUCAAAUUGAUGGGACACUUUCGACCAUUGAGUUCCAGAGAGAGGCACUGGAAAAUUCCCACACCAACACAGAAGUGCUCAAGAAUAUGGGUUAUGCUGCAAAAGCUAUGAAAAAGGUGCAUGAAAAUAUGGACUUGAACAAAAUUGAUGAUUUGAUGCAAGAUAUCACUGAACAGCAAGAUGUUGCCCAGGAAAUUUCAGAUGCUAUCUCAAACCGAGCUGCCUUUGGUGAUGAGUUUGAUGAG